GAACCUCAUCAACUAAUUUACCUUGACGCAAAAGUACAUGAGCAUGGUGGAAACUUUUCUCAAGGCCAACGACAGCUAAUAGCGUUGGCGAGAGCACUGGCGCGACGUUCGAAAAUUAUAAUAAUGGAUGAGGCGACAGCUAGCGUAGAUUUUCGAACUGAUCGUUUAAUUCAAGAAACUAUUCGUGAAGAAUUUUCCGAAGCUACAGUGAUCACGAUCGCUCAUCGUUUACGCACCGUGAUGGAUUAUGAUCGGGUGCUUGUUUUGGGUAAAAUAAUAGAAUUUGAAUCGCCAUAUUUACUAUUGCAGAAUCCACGAUCAAUGUUUAAGCGAAUGUGUGAAUUAAGUGGUGAAUAUGAGGAUUUGAUGAAAAUUGCAAAGAAAAAUUUUAAAGAGAAUAAAAGUUGA